UCUCAAGUAAACAUUGAGAGAUUUCCUUACGUACAUUUUUUUUCAUCGUUAAGUUUCGUUUUUACUGAAAAAAUUCUUUGUAAUGGAGAAGUAUUCGGAGGAGUCCAAGGAUGGAAUGUCGGGCACGGAGCCGCCUCGUCCGCCAGAAAGUCUUAUAGAUCUGGAUAUGGUACGGCCAUUAAUGAGAGCAUCCUUUCUUGGUUCCGUGGCAACUGAACGCAAUGUCCCGACGACCGAAAAUGUAGCUCCUAAUCUCUUGGAGAGAAUCUUUUACCUACUCUCGGUCAUUUUGAUGGUCAUAACUUUUCCCAUUUCGGUGUUCAUGUGCCUUGUGAUCCUGCAGGAGUACCAGCGAGCGGUUAUUUUGCGCUUAGGGCGCCUCCGCCCUGGCGGACCGCGUGGUCCUGGUCUUGUUUUCACGUUCCCUUGCAUUGAUGCGUACAUUAAAGUGGACCUGCGCACCACAUCCUUUGACGUGUCGCCUCAGGAGAUUCUCACCAAGGACAUGGUGACGAUCAAGGUCGACGCAGUUGUCUACUACAGCAUCAAGCAGCCAAUUGAUGCAGUCUUGCAGGUGUUCGAUCAUAGAGGAGCCGUUGAGUUGAUGGCCAAGGCCACGCUUCGUAAUGUGGCAGGCACCCACAUGCUGCUAGACCUCCUCAUGUCUAAGGAGACUCUGUCCAAGAGAAUUGAAGCCAUUCUUGAUGAUUGCACCGAACCCUGGGGAGUGCGUGUGGAGCGGGUGGAAGUUAAGGAGAUUCUUCUGCCCGACCAGCUGCGGCGAGCUCUGGCCGUCGAACAGGAAGCCUUACGGGAGGCAAAGGCCAAGGUAGCGGCUGCUUUUGGAGAGAGAGACGCUGUCAAAGCCCUCAAGGAGGCUGCCGAUAUAAUGGAGACAAAUCCCAUUGCUCUGCAAUUGCGUUAUCUGCAAACGCUCAACACAAUCUGCAAUGACAAAACACUGUCCUAUGUUUUUCCUUUCCCGGUUGACAUUGUCAGAAAGUUGAUGAAGUAAUUUCAAAUAAAAUGUC